CCCACCGCCAUGGCCCUGCCCUGGCCUCUGGGGCUGAUUCUGCUCCUCUGCGGGGGCCCCUGGGUCCAGGCGGAACCGCUGUUGAUACUGGUGACCCCGCGGGUGCUGCGGGUGGGCACCCCCGAGAAGGUCCACGUGCAGGCCCACCCGGACUGGGGGCAGCCCCCGCCCGGGAACCUGGAGGUGAACCUCAGCGUGUGGGACUUUCCCCUGAGGAAGCGCCAGGUGGCGGAGGAGCAGCUGUACCUCACCCCCCAGAACCACUUCAUGUCCCAGGCGGCCGUGACGAUUCCUGAGAGCCUGGUCUACCCACCGCAACCCGGUCAGCAAUAUGUCAUUAUCCGGGUCACUUGGGCGUCAUCUGUCCUGGAGAAACCGGUGCUCGUGGCACCCCACGCCGGCUACAUCUUCAUCCAGACGGACAAGACCAUCUACAACCCAGAGCACUUGGUGCUCUACCGGAUCUUUACUGUCAACCACAAGAUGGAUCCGGUGAGCCAGCCCAUCACUCUGGACAUCAAGAACCCGGAGGGAGUCACGGUAUUCAGCCAGGACCUGCAGCCCCAGAAAGGCUUCCUUGUCAGUUCCUUCCGUCUCCCAGAGCUCCUCAGUUUUGGGACCUGGAGCAUCGAAACCAGUUACCAAAGUGCAGCCAAACAGAAGUUCAAGGCAGACUUUGAAGUAAAGGAGUACGUGCUUCCGUCUUUCAAGGUCCAGCUGAAACCCAACAUGACCUUCUUCUACCUCAGAAAUGAGGCUCUGGGGGUGGACAUCGAGGCUCGGUAUAUAUUCAACAAGCCCCUAGAUGGGCAUGCGCUGGCCAUUUUCGGGGUGCAGCUGGAUUCCCGCCGGAUCUCCAUCCAGAGUUCCCUGCAGAGAGUGGAGAUCUCCAAGGGCAUGGGACACGCUGUGCUCCGGAAGGACAUGCUGAUGGCUACACUCCAGGGCACCGAGGAUGACUUCCUGGGGGCCUCUGUGUUCGCCAAUGUCACCGUGUUCUCCUCAGGCGGUGAGAUGGUCCAGGCUGAAGCCUUGGGCGUGAAGAUUGUCCGGAGUCCUUACAAGCUCAAGUUCUUCCGGACGCCCCAGUAUUUCAAGCCUGGGAUGCCGUUCCACUUUAGGGUCAGAGUCUGCGUGCCCUCCGGGCUCAAGGCCCCACUGCACACACUGAACUGGCCUGCCAUCCCCCCUGGAAAUUCAUCAACCUGA